AUGGAUGAGUUAUUUCGUAAGUUCGCAAACUUAUUGCUGAGAAAAAACAAUGAGAUCAAGAAGACGACGAUUGUCAAAGGGAAAGUGGUGUUGAUGAAGAAGAACGUGCUCGACUUCAAUGACUUGGGGGCGUCGGUUUUGGACCGAGCUCAUGAGUUGUUCGGCCAACAUAUCUCUAUCCAAUUCAUUAGUGUCACUCAUGCUGAUCGUGGAUCAUCCUCUGAAAAAGGGUUGAGAGGCAAGCUUGCUGGAAAACCAGCAAUCUUGGAGGACUGGAUCAGCACAAUCGCGCCUCUUACCGCUGAAGAAUCAGCCUUUGAAGUCACAUUUGAAUGGGAUGAAGAAUUUGGACUGCCAGGAGCUUUUAUUGUCCAAAAUUUCCACCACAGUGAAUUUUACCUUAUGACACUCAAUCUUGAAAAUGUUCCUGGUCAUGGUGAAGUCCAUUUUGUUUGUAACUCGUGGGUUUACCCUGCCAAAAAUUACACCAAAGAUCGUAUAUUUUUCUCUAAUCGGGCAUAUCUUCCUAGUGAGACGCCUGAACUACUACGUCCUUACAGAGAGGAUGAAUUGGAAACCUUGAGAGGAAAUGGAACCGGAAUGCUUCAAGAAUGGGACAGGGUUUAUGACUAUGAUGUGUACAAUGACUUGUCAAAUCCGGAUGAUGAGGAGAAAAAGCGCCCCAUUAUUGGGGGGUCGUCUGAGUACCCAUAUCCACGUAGGGGAAGAACAGGCCGAUCACCAGCCAAAUCAGAUCCAAAAUAUGAGAGCAGGCUUUCAUUUAUCCAAAGUUCUACGAUAUAUGUUCCAAGAGAUGAGCGAUUUGGACACUUAAAAAGAUCUGAUUUUUUGGCCUAUGGACUAGAAUCUGUCCUCAAAUUACUUCUGCCGGAGUUUGAAGCUCUAUCUGACACCACUCUAGAUGAAUUCGACUCAUUAGACGAUGUCAUGAAGCUUUACAAAGGAGGAAUCAAGCUUCCUGAGGGCCCUUCCCUUGAUUUUAUUUUAACAGACAUCCCAAUACAAGUGCUCAAGGAAAUUGUCCGAUCUGAUGGCGAGGGUCUUUCCAAAUACUCGACACCUCAAGUCAUCAAUGCCGACCCAAAUGCUUGGAGCACGGAUGAAGAAUUUGCAAGAGAGAUGCUGGCUGGAGUCAACCCUGUUUUGAUUCAACUCUUGCAAGAAUUUCCUCCAAUAAGUAAGUUGGAUGUCAAGGUUUACGGUAACCAAAAUAGUUCAAUCAGAUCACAUCACAUUGAAGAACAUCUCGACGGUUUAGAUGUACAAGAGGUGCUAAAAGCCAAAAGACUAUUUAUACUGGAUCAUCACGACUCAUUGAUGCCAUACGUGAGGCGGAUUAAUUCAACUUCCAGCAAGAUUUAUGCCACACGAACUUUGCUCAUUCUACAAAAAGAUGGAACUUUAAAACCAAUAGCUAUUGAGUUAAGCUUACCUCAUCCAGAUGAUGAUAAACUUGGUGCUAUUAGCAAAGUAUGCACUCCAUCAAAAGUUGGAGUGGAAGCUGAAAUAUGGCAUUUGGCUAAAACAUAUGUAGCGGUGAACGAUACAGGAGUUCAUCAACUCAUUAGUCACUGGUUGCAUACACAUGCGGUUGUUGAACCCUUUGUGAUAGCAACAAAUAGGCAACUGAGUGUACUCCAUCCCAUCAACAAGCUUCUUCAUCCACAUUUUCGUGAUACAAUGAACAUCAACGCUUCUGCCAGGAAUAUCUUGAUCAGUAGUGGAGGUGUUAUUGAAAGAACUUUCUUUACCGGAAAAUAUUCAGUUGAAAUUUGUUCUAAGAUAUACAAGGACUGGGUUUUCCCAAACCAGGCUCUUCCAACAGACCUUAUUUCAAGGGGAAUGGCAGUUGAGGACUCAAAUGCUCCUCAUGGUCUUCGACUAGUAAUUGAGGACUACCCAUACGCUGUGGACGGGCUUGAGAUUUGGUCAGCCAUUAAAACAUGGGUUGAAGACUACUGCAAGUUUUAUUAUAAAAACGACGAUAUGGUACAAAAGGACGUUGAACUGCAAUCAUGGUGGAAGGAGCUUCGAGAGGAAGGACAUGGUGAUUUGAAACACGAAACAUGGUGGCCCAAAAUGAGUUCGGUUCAAGAAGUUAUUGACAGUUGCUGCAUAAUCAUAUGGGUGACUUCUGCCCUUCAUGCGGCUGUAAACUUCGGGCAGUACCCUUAUGCUGGAUACCCUCCAAAUCGUCCAACUUUAAGUCGUAGGCUUAUGCCCGAACCAGACACUCCAGAGUAUGAUGAACUCAAAGACGACCCCAAGAAAUUUUUCUUGAAAACCGUUAGUCCUCAACUACAGUCACUUCUCAGCGUUACAUUGAUUGAGAUAUUGUCAAGACACACCUCUGAUGAGAUCUAUCUGGGGCAACGAGAGUGCCCCGAGUGGACCAUGGAUGCAGAACCUUUGAAAGCAUUCCAAAAGUUCGGCAACAAGUUGAAAGAAAUCGAGGAAAUAAUAGUGAAUAGGAACAAUGAUAAGAAGUUCAAGAACAGGUUUGGGCCAGUACAAGUGCCAUACACCCUGCUCUUGCCAUCUAGUGAAGAGGGACUCACUGGAAGGGGCAUACCUAAUAGUGUGUCAAUAUGA